AUGACCUCGUCUUCUUCCCCGACCGGGGAAAUACAAGAAACCACUCUCCACCAAGAAACGAAGAUCGCCAACCAACCUGAUGAAUCCAGCAUCUCCCUUGACAAAGGAAAGGAGAUUACAACUAAGCCAGCGUCUCUCUCCAGCUAUUUGAGAAUUCUCUCUUAUGGCUCUCGACAUGGAGGAGUUUUCGCCAUGAUCGUGGGAAUGCUAUGUGCCAUGGGCUCAGGAAUCGCACUUCCUUUGAUGAACAUUGUUUUCGGCAAGAUUGUCGGUGAUUUCAACUCGUAUGCCUUACCAGACACGAGUUUUAAUGAGCAGACGUUCAAAGCAUCUGUCAACAAAAGCAGUUUGUACAUCGUGUACUUGUUUAUCGGCAAGUUCGCGCUUACUUAUAUUGCCAUGAUAUGCUUCCGAAUUGUCAGUCUCUAUGCAUCGGCAGCCUUGCGACUCGAAUAUACUCAGUCGCUAUUCUCGAUGCCUAUCAGCAAAUUAGACGAGAUAUCCGUGGGUUCCGUGAGUAACGCCAUCACGGCGCAGUCGAACACGAUCCAACAGAGUGUUUCAGAUCGCCUUGCUAUUCUAUUCCAAUCACUGGCCCUGCUGGUCGCCGCAUACGCCAUCGCAUUCCGCUACUCGUGGGCCUUAACACUCGUUGUGAGCUCGGCGAUUCUUUUUGUCGUGUUGUGUUUCUGUCUCACGGUCCCUUUCCUGAUCAAGGGCCAGCAACAUAUUGACGAAGCUGAUAAUAAACAUGCCUCGAUCGCCGCAGAUGCGUUUAGUUCUAUCCGUACGGUGUUCUCGUUGGGCGCAGAGGCUCCUCUCACCAAAAAGCACUCGCAGUGGAUUGACGAAGCCCGUAAACGUGGACUGAAGAUGUCACUGGUGACAGGAACUCAUCUUGCAACGUUGUUUUUCGCCAUGUAUGUCAGUUUUGCGCUGGCAUUCUGGUUUGGAUUGAAGUUGUAUCGGGAAGGCCAUAUUGCGAACAUCAAUACUGUGAUUACGGUCUUCUUUUCAGUACUAUUGGUCGUGACGGUGAUGGGAGGUAUUGCUGCGCCACUAAUGGCGAUUUCCAAAGCGAUCAGUGCCUCGGGCGCAUUCUUCGGAGUGAUAGAUUCAGAGCCAGCCUCGCUGGGUGGUCUCCGUGACCCCGAAGUCACCAGUCAAGCGGAUAUCAUCUUUGAAAACAUCAAGUUCGCGUAUCCAACUCGUCCUGACACGCAGGUUUUGAAGGGGUUCAGCGCAAGCUUCCCACGGGGCAAGACCACAGCACUCGUCGGACCUUCAGGUUCAGGGAAAAGCACCAUAGUAGCUUUAAUUGAGAGAUGGUAUCGGAUUGAAGCAAUCUCUGAUGGCGCCGAUGAUUCAACUAGUGGAAGAGUACUCGUUGAUGGUCAUAAUAUCAACGACUUGGACGUCAAGUGGUGGAGAUCGCAAGUCGGGCUAGUCCAGCAAGAGCCGUUUCUCUUCAAUGAUUCCAUCUACCAAAAUGUGGCCUUUGGGUUGAUAGGAUCCAAGUGGGAGAACGAGACCGAAUCUGUAAAGUUGGAACUCGUUACUGCAGCUUGCAGGGAAGCAUAUGCCGAUGAAUUCAUAGAGAGACUACCCGAGGGCUAUUCCACAAAGGUCGGCGAAGGUGGUAUCACCUUGAGUGGAGGACAACGGCAAAGACUCGCCAUCGCCCGAAGCAUCGUCGGGCAGCCUCCAAUUCUCGUCCUUGACGAAGCAACAAGCUCUAUUGAUGUGCGCGGUGAAAAGGUCGUACAGGCGGCGCUAGACCGAGUGUCUAAGGACAGAACUACAAUCAUGAUUGCUCAUCGCUUGUCGACGGUCCGCAAAGCAGAUAAUAUCGUUGUAAUGCAGGAUGGGACUUGCGUGGAACAAGGGUCUCAUCAAGAGCUCAUGCUACAGGGCGCAGUGUAUCACAGCUUGGUGAACGCACAGCAGCUGGAGCCAUUAGAUGCCUCCACGGAGAGUGGGACAGAAGAGUUGCUCAUUUCCCAGAAAGAAGAAAUCCGCCCGCAUGACUAUCCAGUUGGCGAAGAAAAAGAGGAAGAAGCGCAAGUUGCGAAGAAAGCUAAAAGCAUGGGACUCAUGAGGAGCUUGGGAAUUAUUUUCUACGAGCAUCGCAGUCACUGGAUUCUCUAUGUCUUGACUAUCGCGUCUGCGAUUGGAGCUGGAUCUGGUUACGCAUUGCAAAGUUGGCUCUUCGCCCAGUUGAUACAGGUGUUUCAGUUUACAGGCCAGAAACUGGUUGAUCAAGCUAAUUUCUGGGCCUUGAUGUUUUUUGUCCUAGCCAUUGCUAUGUCUACCUUCUACUUUCUACUGGGGACCUCUGCCAAUACAAUGUCCAUGUAUAUUGGAUCCAGCUACCGUAAAGAUUAUUUUGCAAAUACCCUCAAAAGGCCGGUAUCAUUCUACGAUUGUGAAGAAAACUCAUCUGGUACUUUGAUCUCACGGCUUUCCCUGGACCCAAAACAGAUUCAAGAUCUGUUAGGCCCGAUGGGGGUGUUCCCACUUAUUUCGAUUUUUAAUGUUGCCGGAUGUGUGGCGAUCUCAUUCUCGUUUGGCUGGAAACUUGCAGCGGUCACAUUUUUCGGAGCGAUGCCCUUCAUUUUGCUUGCGGCUUUUAUGCGAAUUCGUUAUGAGACGCAUUUUGAAUCUAUGAACGCCGAAGUCUACGCGGAUAGCUCCAAAUUUGCGACGGAGGCUAUCAGGGCAUUCCGUACUGUCUCCGCUCUUACGAUGGAGAGCACCAUUAUCGAAAGAUAUUCGACUUUGCUGAAAGAGCAAAGAACCAAGGCAUUCCGGAAGUCAUGGUAUGCGACCUUGAUAUUCGCGUUUUCUGACAGUGUUGAACUUUGUGCCAUGGCCCUCACGUUUUGGUAUGGUGGACAACUCUUGGCAUCCCGCGAAUAUGGCCCCGUGGCAUUCUUCGUUGUUUAUAUUGCGAUUAUCCAAGGUGGCCAGGCGGCGGGUCAAUUCCUCUCCUUCGGUCCCAACGUAGCACAGGCCAAGGCAUCCGCAAAUCGAAUUCUUUCCGCACGAAAACCCUCCCAGGGUCAGCUUGAGAGCCCGUCCGCCGAGCCCAUGCCGCAAGACCUACGUCCAUCAGUCGAGCUCUGCGAUGUCUCGUUCAGUUAUCAGUCUCGCAACGUGUCCACCUUUUCCGAUCUUAACAUUUCCAUUGAAAGCGGCCAAUUUGUCGCAUUUGUCGGCCCCUCAGGCUGCGGAAAGUCAACAGUAAUAUCGCUUCUUGAAAGAUUCUAUGACCCCACCAGCGGGAAGAUCCUCUUCGGUGGCCGAGACAUAUCCUCCAUCCAACGGGCAUCCUAUCGAAAGGCAUUGUCCCUGGUGGCACAGGAACCCAAGUUAUUCGAGGGAACCAUCCGAGACAACUUACUUCUCGGUAUUGAAGAUAACGAAGAUCUGCAGACAGAAGAACGCAUGAUCCAAGCAUGCAAAGACGCUGAGAUCCAUGAUUUCAUUAGCUCUCUCCCGGAGGGCUACCUUACUGGACUCGGUGUCAAUGCCCAAACUUCCCUCAGUGGCGGCCAGAAGCAGCGUCUUUGUAUUGCCCGGGCGCUGAUCCGGAAACCGCUACUCCUGCUACUGGACGAAGCCACAUCCAGUCUUGACUCUCAAUCCGAGAAACUCGUCCAAGAGGCCAUGGAGCGGCUGGCUGGUAAGAAGAGUAUGACUAUUAUUGCUGUUGCGCACCGUCUGGCGACGAUCCAGAAAGCGGAUGUGAUUUUCGUCUUUGGCGAGGGCGCGCGAGGUCAAGGGUCUAAGAUUCUUGAAAAGGGCUCACAUCACGAAUUGCUGCGCAGAAAGGGCCCUUAUUGGCAGAUGUGUCAAGCACAAGCCCUAGAUCAGUAG